AAGCGAGCAGUGAAAAGCUGUCAAAAUUAAUGAUUCGAGCAAAGAGGAGUUUGAUUGUGUUGGUGUCGUUCUUCUGACAGCUCGAAAGUUGCGUUUGUGUGAGUGGUGGUGAGCUGCUGCGGUGCUCGAAAAAAAUAAAAGGGAACGCCAUAUUGAACAAAAGAUGAGACGAUUGGAUGAAUGAGAGAACGGAACUGAAUCAAGUUAUUUUCCAAUUUUAUGAAAAUUAGCGGCAGGCACCGUGCAAAUAUUGAAGAAAAGUAAACUCCAAAGUGAGCAGCGUUUGAAAUAGGAUCAUAUCCGCGUGAUAAUAGUGUGGUGGACAGUGAAUCCGUGCGUUCAAGAAAUCGAAAACCUUUGCCAAAACGGAAUGGCACAAGGAUAAAAUUCGGGUGCACUGCGUUUCUUCUCUUAAGGAAAUUGAAAAUACAGUGUCGGUUUCGAGAUCCUGCGAAAAAAUCGUAGCGGAAAGGGAUUAAUCGUAAGCUUCGAAGAUCGCUUCUGAUUCUUACGGCUUUCGUUUGUGAACUUACUGUUUCGCAUGAAAUUUCCUUAAUUGAUUCCGUCGUCGCCGUUCCGCUGAAAAGCAAAAAAUCCAGAAAAUUAAUUACCAAGAUUAUCAGCUUGUAAAAUGUUCCAGAUAAGCGAAAAACUAUAAAAACUCCAUCACUAUAUAAUUCAUCUAUAUAAGGAGCAAUCUUAAAUUAAUUGUACGUUACAAUGUCCGGACACAACCCCCCGCAUGGGCGACUUGGACAGCCAAAUUCCACUUGGAAUCCGCUACAGGUGCCAUCGUACAUUCCUCGGCAGCCACAGCUAGCGCACAUGUCGAGCGAACGGUCUUUAGCUAGAUCUCCCCUAACCUGGCAUACUCCUCCAACUCAUCAGGAACAAUUGUACAAUUUUAUGACCGCCAACCACAAAAAUAAUAUUGAAAUCAAUCAAAUGCUGCCAACAUUUGGACGAAACCCCGGAAUGCCACUUGGCUCGGUGGAUUUGUCUUUAUCGUCGGCCACUAGGAGUACACCGUCUCCCAAAGGUCCAGGUGGACACCAACCAGUUCCAGGGCUUCCGUUACAUCAGCAGCAGCAACAACAGCAGCCACAGCCAUCACCACAAUCUCAACAGCAUCACUCAGCAAUGAUGCCACCGAAUAUUCCUCCGGGUUUAGGUGGUGGUCCACAAAUGACAUCCGACCACGGUGCUCCAGAUCAUUUUAACACUAAAAUGUCUCACGGUGGUCCUCCACAGCAUCACCACAUGAGCACAAACCAUAAUCGUUCGCCAUCUGGUGCGCCACAAAUCGGAAGCGGUGUUAUUCAGUCGACCGGUGCUUUGAAAGAACGCUCGGGAGGAAAUCAUGGGAUAUUGCCGGGUCAUCUGGCAAGCAGUAAUUCCCCAUCCUGCAGUUUCAUGGGCAACAAUCUGAACAGCAGUAUGAACAUGGGAAUGCCCAGUGUAAGUUCAGCUGGAGGAAAUGGAUACUACAACAUGAUGGGAAGUGCCACCGGUGGCAAUGGUACUGGAGGAAGUUCUAUGAAUGCAGGGCCGUGCGGUCCAGGCGGAAGUAACAGUAUUAACAGAUCCACGUUGCCGCCCUCAGGGGCUCUCGGCGGACACAUGGGACCAAUGAGUGGCUCGAAUCCUCCGUCUCUUGGAAUGGCAAGUGAUUUUGCAGCCAUGAUUUCGGCUGGCUUGCACGUCAAGGAUCCUAAACAACUUUGCAACGAAAACAGUAAAAAUGGACGGGACAAUGUUCCACCCAACAAUGAACAGUCGGAUUUGGUUAAAGACAUUCUCAUGCAUGCAAUGCAAAGCAAUCCAGUUUCCGUGUCACCCAAAAGAAAUUCUCCGCUCAGAGCACCCGGACCACCCAUCCAGAGUCCCACACGAAGUCGUAGCCCACCGGCUUCUGUACUGCUUCAAUCUCUGGAUCAACCAUCUGCAGCUUCGGUCAAUAAAUCGUAUCAACCGUCAGCUUCUUCGGCUGUGCCAUUGAGCGAAUCAGGCACAACUGCACCGAUUACCAUAACUCCAACGAAAUCUAUCCUACCUCCUAAUGAAUUAUCACCACCCAGACUUGAACAACCUGCGGGAAGACCAUCGGUUUCGGAACGAACAUCACCUAAUCAAAGCAUUACCUCGAAUGAAGAUUCGGGAGAUUCGAGUUCCAGCAAAUCAAGAAGACGACGUAAACCAGACCGAACAAGUAAAAUGGGUCCUGAUGAGUUAGGUCGAAUGCACGAUUUCCUCGCGGGCGAAGAUAACAGCGCUGAUAAAUGCGAUCGGAUCGAUGGAAUCGAUCCAAUGAGGCCUAAUAUCGCAGUUCGAAGUGAUAUAGCCACACUAGCGUUAGAAGGAAUAAGUAGUCUUAGCCAAGGCCUCGCCAGUGACAGUAGUCAUAGUCCUCACAUAACAGAUCUUUCUGAUAGCACUAGGUUAAAUUUGCAAACUCUUGGAUCCGGUCCUACUGAACAUCUGUUGCCGACGGAAGAAUCGAGUGCUAAUAAAUCAACCACAGUUAGCUCGGUUAUCUCUAGUGUUCUGUCGGCAGCUGCUGCAGUGAUGGAAUCCACACGUAAAGAGAGUGAGUCUAACUCAGACGACUGUGAAACUAUUGACAAAAUAGCAGCAAUGAUUUCUAGCACUGAAAGUGAGCCAAUAGCACAAGGAGGGUCAAAGUCAGAAGAGUUGGAUGAAAAACAAUCUACAGACUGCAAUGGCCCUAAAGAUAAAGCAACACACUCAACUGAAGGUUCCUUACAAUCCGGCACUGAAAAGCCGCAGUUAAAUAAAAUCGAAAACGACAAAAGCUAUGAGGAGAUUGAAAAUAAAUUAGAGGAAAUGUUUGCAGGCAUUGAGGAAAACAUACCAGUGUGUUCAAAAACAUCUAAUGUACGGGAUAAGAAACUUUCAUCUCCUGCCAAGCAAUCGUCUACCGAUUCAAACGAUAUUUUAACGGAAUUAGCAGAAAAAUUUGAUGGUUCCACGCCUCUAGCAAGAGAAGAACUAGGCGAAACACCAUGUGAUUCACCAGUUCCCAGUACCAGUGGAACCCAGAAAAAAGUACUCACACCAGCCGCCAAGCGAGCAAACGUAGGAAAAUCCUCUGGUCCGCCCCCUAGUAAAAGAAAAAAGGUACUCAAGAAAAAGCCCUCUCAAACAAAGGGAGCAAGUUUCGCUGCAGCAGAAGAACGGGCGGCAAGCUUUGGCGCAAAAUGUGGUAAAAAACCUAAUGCUAAAGGAAAUGGCAAAAAGACUGCUGCAAAGAAUGGUAAAUCCAAACAAUCAGAUACUGGAAAUGGAUCGGAUUUGAACGGCAAAUAUCGGGGUCCUUUCAUUCAGGUCAAAUCCGACGGUUGCCAUUCGGUAAUCAACGCUCCUAUUAACGAAGAUGAUUCUGAAAAGGCGCAAAAUAAAACAAAAAAAUAUAAUAGCAGCAUGAACAAUUCGGAGAGAAGUAAAAUCCGAGGAUUACACGUGAGCACUCUUAGCACCAAAUACGAUGCGGACACCACCGAUACUAGUUGGAUGUGUGUGUUCUGUAAGAUGGGACCUCACAAAAUGCGGAUGGGGGAUCUAUUUGGUCCGUACAUCAUCAGCGUUAAAUCGCGUGAAUUUGAGCAAAGUCAAACGGACGAAGAGUAUUUCAAUGUAAAGCGCACGCGAGAAAGUUUAGCCUCUAAGUUUGCCGCCAAGCCGGAACCAGUUGUGAUAACCAGUGCUCCCAAAGGGAAGAAAAGAAAAAUCGCUAACGAUGUACCAGCUGCCAUGCCAGGGCCCAGCGGAAUUCAGCUAAAGAUGAACGAAGAAUCUGCUCCACUGGACUUGUACUACGGUAUGAUCAAAGCCGGAGACGAUUCGUACGAAGUGUGGAUGCACGAAGACUGUUUGAUUUGGGCACCGGGAGUGCACAUAAUUGGAACCAGGAUAGUUGGUUUGGAGGCCUCCAUUUGGAACUGCUGUCGGCAUCGAUGUCGAUUAUGCUCGCAGUAUGGAGCAAUGGUAAGUUGUUUGCACCGAGGUUGCAACGAGGAGGCACAUGUCAUUUGUGCACGGAAGGCUAACUGGCAGCUGACUGAUGAGUUCAAAUCGCUUUGUGAAACACAUUGCAAAGAUGACUCUUGAGUAUUUGGAGACCAUAGCAUGGUCAAUUAGGUUAUGUGUUUCGUUAUCACUAUCUUUGAUUGUGUACAUUAUUGCGUUUUUAUAUACCUCCUAUCCUGGAAAGAGAGUGCGAAAAGAGAUAAAGAUCUGUUUCAGCAGAAAAAGCCAAUAUGCAAACCUUCAGGUUGUGUGAUUGCUAGGGUCACAAUGAAAAAGCGAUAUUAUGUUUUAGUUUAACUACCUAGUACUGAAAUCUGAACAUGAGUCACAAUUAUAAUAAUGAUUGUACAUUUUAAAAGUGUAAAUAUAUGUAGUCAGCUCUUUAGUGUA